GGCGGGCGGUGCUGACAGGCAGUGGGGGCAGUGGGCACUGCGCGAUGGCGGGGUCGGAGGCACGCAUGGCCGAAGUAAGCUGGAAGGUCUUGGAGCGACGAGCUCGGGCCAAGCGCUCAGUUUUAAAAUCGGUGUAGUUUAGACUGCAACACUUAUGAUAAGAAUCAGCAGUUUGAAAUGGCCAACUCACCCGAUGCAGCCUUCUCGUCACCUGCUUUGUUAAGGUCUGGCUCAGUUUAUGAACCUCUUAAAAGUAUUAAUCUUCCAAGGGCUGGUAAUGAAACUCUAUGGGAUAAAUUGGAUCAUUAUUACAGAAUUGUCAAGUCAACAGUGCUGAUAUAUCAAAGUCCAACAACAGGUCUGUUUCCCACUAAAACAUGUGGUGGAGAUCAGAAGUCCAAAGUCCACGACAGUCUAUACUGUGCUGCGGGUGCCUGGGCAUUGGCCCUAGCAUACAGGCGCAUUGAUGAUGACAAGGGAAGGACCCAUGAGCUGGAGCACUCUGCCAUAAAAUGUAUGAGAGGAAUUCUCUACUGCUAUAUGCGUCAGGCUGAUAAGGUCCAGCAGUUUAAGCAAGAUCCACGGCCCACAACUUGUCUUCACUCUAUUUUUAGUGUGCACACAGGGGAUGAGCUACUUACCUAUGAAGAAUAUGGCCAUCUUCAGAUAAAUGCAGUAUCACUCUUUCUCCUUUACCUGGUGGAAAUGAUUUCCUCAGGUCUCCAGAUAAUCUAUAACACGGAUGAGGUCUCGUUUAUUCAAAACCUUGUGUUUUGUGUAGAAAGAGUUUACCGUGUUCCUGACUUUGGUGUCUGGGAAAGAGGAAGCAAAUACAAUAAUGGCAGCACAGAACUACAUUCAAGCUCUGUUGGCUUAGCAAAAGCAGCCUUAGAAGCAAUUAAUGGAUUUAACCUCUUUGGAAACCAGGGCUGUUCUUGGUCAGUUAUAUUUGUGGAUCUGGAUGCUCACAAUCGCAACAGGCAGACAUUGUGUUCACUGUUACCAAGAGAAUCACGCUCUCAUAACACAGAUGCUGCCCUGCUCCCGUGCAUCAGCUACCCUGCCUUUGCCCUGGAUGAUGAAGUUCUAUUCAGCCAGACACUUGAUAAAGUGAUCAGAAAAUUAAAAGGAAAAUAUGGAUUUAAGCGUUUCUUGAGAGAUGGAUACAGAACAUCAUUGGAAGAUCCCAACAGACGCUACUACAAACCAGCUGAAAUUAAGCUAUUUGAUGGCAUUGAAUGUGAAUUUCCUAUAUUUUUUCUUUACAUGAUGAUUGAUGGUGUUUUUAGAGGCAAACUUGAACAAGUCAAGGAAUAUCAGGACCUUUUGACUCCUUUGCUUCAUCAGACCACAGAAGGAUAUCCUGUUGUACCAAAGUACUAUUAUGUGCCAGCUGACUUUGUGGAAUAUGAAAAAAAAAAUCCUGGUAGUCAGAAGCGGUUUCCUAGUAACUGUGGCCGUGAUGGGAAAUUGUUUCUUUGGGGACAAGCUCUUUAUAUCAUUGCAAAACUCCUAGCUGAUGAGUUAAUCAGUCCUAAAGACAUUGACCCUGUCCAGCGCUUUGUCCCACUCCAGAACCAACGUAAUGUGAGCAUGCGAUACUCCAAUCAGGGCCCACUGGAAAAUGACUUGGUGGUCCAUGUUGCACUUGUAGCAGAAAGCCAACGCCUUCAAGUUUUCCUCAAUACAUAUGGCAUUCAAACUCAAACUCCUCAGCAGGUGGAACCUAUCCAGAUCUGGCCUCAGCAGGAGCUUGUAAAAGCUUAUUUCCACCUGGGUAUCAAUGAGAAGUUAGGACUGUCUGGAAGGCCAGACAGGCCCAUUGGCUGCCUGGGUACAUCAAAGAGCUAUCGCAUCCUAGGGAAGACCGUGGUCUGUUACCCUAUCAUCUUUGACCUGAGUGACUUCUACAUGUCUCAGGAUGUUCUGCUGCUCAUAGAUGACAUAAAGAACGCACUACAGUUCAUUAAGCAAUAUUGGAAAAUGCAUGGACGCCCACUUUUCCUUGUUCUCAUCCGGGAAGACAACAUAAGAGGCAGCAGGUUCAACCCCAUAUUAGACAUGUUGGCAGCCUUUAAAAAGGGAAUAAUUGGAGGAGUCAAAGUCCAUGUUGAUCGUCUACAGACACUGAUAUCUGGAGCUGUAGUGGAACAGCUUGACUUUCUACGAAUUAGUGACACAGAAAAGCUUCCAGAAUUUAAGAGCUUUGAAGAACUAGAGUUUCCCAAGCAUUCAAAGGUCAAACGACAGAGCAGUACUGCAGAUGCUCCUGAGCUGAGACAGGAGCCGGACAUCACCAUCGCCGAGUGGAAGAACAAGUCCACACAUGAAAUCCUUCAGAAGCUGAAUGACUGCAGUUGUCUGGCUGGUCAAACCAUCCUACUGGGUAUACUGCUCAAAAGAGAAGGCCCUAACUUCAUCACAAUGGAAGGCACUGUGUCUGACCACAUUGAGAGAGUGUACAGAAGAGCUGGCAGCAAAAAGCUCUGGUCGGUUGUACGCCGUGCAGCAAGUCUUUUAAGUAAAGUAGUGGACAGCCUGGCCCCAUCCAUUACUAAUGUUUUAGUGCAGGGCAAACAGGUAACUCUGGGUGCCUUUGGACAUGAAGAGGAGGUCAUCUCUAAUCCUCUGUCUCCAAGAGUGAUUAAGAACAUCAUCUAUUAUAAGUGUAAUACCCACGAUGAGAGGGAGGCGGUCAUUCAGCAAGAAUUGGUCAUCCAUAUCGGCUGGAUCAUCUCCAAUAGCCCUGAGCUGUUCAGUGGCAUGCUGAAAAUACGAAUUGGGUGGAUCAUCCAUGCCAUGGAGUAUGAACUACAGAUCCGUGGCGGGGAGAAGCCGGCCAUGGACUUGUACCAGCUCUCACCCAGUGAAGUUAAACAACUGCUGCUUGACAUUCUCCAGCCCCAGCAGAGUGGAAGAUGUUGGCUGAAUAGACGUCAGAUCGACGGGUCGUUGAAUAGAACUCCGCCAGGGUUUUAUGACCGAGUGUGGCAGAUCCUGGAGCGCACACCGAACGGCAUUGUCGUAGCUGGAAAGCAUUUGCCCCAGCAACCAACCUUGUCAGAUAUGACCAUGUAUGAGAUGAAUUUUUCUCUCCUUGUUGAAGACAUGUUGGGAAACAUUGACCAGCCAAAGUACAGACAGAUCAUUGUAGAGUUACUAAUGGUCGUGUCCAUUGUACUGGAAAGAAACCCUGAGCUAGAAUUUCAAGACAAAGUGGAUCUAGACAGACUGGUCAAAGAAGCAUUUCAUGAGUUUCAAAAAGAUGAGAGUCGUCUAAAAGAAAUAGAAAAACAAGAUGAUAUGACUUCCUUUUACAACACACCUCCACUGGGGAAAAGAGGAACCUGCAGCUACUUGACAAAGGUUGUGAUGAACUUGCUGCUAGAAGGAGAAGUCAAGCCAAGCCACGAGGACUCCUGUCUGGUUAGCUAGUAAGGGUGCAGGAGAUAGUUUUCCAGUUGUGCCUUUUGUGUUGAAGCUAAUCCAGGCAGCCAUUAAUGGAUGAACUGAUGUGUUAGUGAAAUGGAUGUUGUACUCUGAUUGCCGCUAUUGGACUUUUGCAUGCCAGUGGCAGCCAAAUGGUAAGCACUGAUUGGAAAUCAGGCAAACCCCCAGUUUCCAUGAUUUGUGCCAGCUACUAUAAUUUUCAGUGAAUCAGAACAGUAGUUUAUGAAUUGAACAUUCACUGCUGCAUAUUUUAUGAUCAAAUACGCCAUAGAAAUUCUGAGUCUUUGCUUCUUUAGACUUUAUUUUCACCUUCCUGCCAUUAAAACAUACAUGCCAACCCAUAAUGUUUUACUGGGACUUACAAGGUAUUGCAAGGGUCAUGAUGUUUGUAUCAAAAAAGCAAGAUGUGCAAUGCACACCAGAAAAGCAAAAUUAACCUCCAGUAUUUAACGUCAGAAGCUGCAUUAUUAAUAAUACUAUGUGGUACAAAACUCUUAGUUUUUACCUUGUAAACAUGACUGGUUUUGCAUUGAGCUGAGGGUAAGUGUUGGAUUACAAUAUAAUGUCUAUUUCUGAGCAUCUCUUAAGUACAGCAGUACAAAAGUGUGUUACCUAUACUCGCAUGCUCAUGCCACAUACAGGCCCACACACCUGCACAUAAACACAAAUAUUUAAAAAGUUAAGUAGUUAAAUUUACGACCGUUAACCUUGCAAAGGUUAACCUAAAAGUAAAGUUGAAAGUCAAGACAUUUCAUUUCUGAACUAGCAAAUACAUCUGGAAACAUCCCUUGUUCAGGUUCACAAUCCUGAACUUAACAGUCCUGAAUGUUUUCAUUUAAUUGGUUUGGACAUGAAAUUUGCUUCCAAAUUUACCUAAGCAAAGUAGAUUUAAACACUUAAAUCUUAUUAAUGUAUUUCCUUCCUAGCUGUCACAAUGUGGCCUACUUGCUUGUGCUCUGACCCCAACAACCAUCUUUUUUCUGAGCAGUCUUACCAAGUUUCACCUAAGAAAUCAGCUUUGUCACAAUAAUAUGCAGCCCAGUGUUAGAGUCUGAAAGCUUAAGAAGGGACAAGCGUUUUUUCCAGGUUACAAGUUAAUUGAUACAAGUAACUGGAUGUGUGAAUACCCAAAGAAACGAAGCCUGACAUAUCUCUCACUAGUUCGAGGUAUGGCUGACUCCUAGAUCAUGCAUGAGAUGGCUGUGUGUGUGUGCGCACAAAGCUGAGAUUAGUGAUACAGUCCAUCCUUACAAAGUAGACAAAGAAGCAGAUAACUUGACUCAGUGUGUGAAGAGAAGUUAUGAAAAGAUGGCCUUGAUGAAGCCAUCUCUAAAACUUAAGCCAGAAAAAACAGUCAUGAAGCCCAUGGAGAGAGAAAGUUCUGAUGACUCAUGGGCAUGAAAGAGAAAUUAAAGAAGGAGAGGGAGGAGAAGCCCUUGAAAUAUUUAAUACUUGUUAAAAUUCAAAAGAAAGUAAACACUUGUCUCCUUAAGAAUUAAAUUUUUUGAUUAGCUGAGCAAAGUUGCAAGAAAACUGCUGUCUUAGUUAAAAUAGACAUCACUUGCAAAUCUGUUUUCUGAAUGAACAGUUAGCUUCCUGUUACAUAUGCAAAGUUUUGACACUUUCUUCUCCUGCUUGGGAGCAUUCAAAAUCAGCAACUGUGUAUCAGCUUUUAAAAUUAUGAAAUGAAAAAUUUGUUGUUCUACAAGAUAUUUUGGGAUGAUCGAUAAAUCUUCAUGUUCCUCCAUCAGAAGCACUGUCUGCUUUCCAAUCAGAAAAGCAAAAUAAUUCUAAGAAUCAGAAUUAAGAACUCACGAACUUUAGAAGUCCCGUUUGAUCUACAGAGCCCACAUGUUUCAACAGCUGCACUAGAGACUGACUGAAAAUGUUAGCACAUGAAUUGAGGCAUGACAAGCCUUAAACCUGAUUUAAAGCUUCCUCUAUCACAUUGACAGAUUCUCUGUGCUAAGUUUAUUGUACAAUCAACGUCGGUUGGAAACUCCUGACUGCAUAUCAAAUUCAACUGCUUUUCCAGAGCACUGUUAGAUGCAUCAUGUUUUCCAGAUUUUUUUCGUUUUAUUUAAGACUUUAAAAAAUCGUAUUUCAGCCUUUAAAAAUAAAAAUAUGAAAUCAUCUUGA